AUUUUCCUCCAGCUGUACAGAAGGGAAUUUUUCGACUAACAAGAGUGGGAUUGCAUCGGGGUUGGGAAAAACACUCUUCAAACCGCCGGCGAGCAACAAGCCCUGCCAAAAUCUCUCUCGUCUCUCUCUGUCGACUUCCAACUCUCUAACUCCAUGUUCUCAGAGCUCUGCCUUUCUCUAUGCAGAAUUGUCCCAUAUUUGGGUUUUAAUCCUCUAAGAGGCAAAACAACUACAGAGCGUUGAUAAGAAUUUAAACAAACUUAAAUAUUUUAUCAGAUUAAAAACAGAUUUAUUUCAUUUGAAAUUUUAUUAGAACAAUUAUUUCGAAAGUAGUAUGGGUACUUUAAAAAGCGAAUUAGAAUUCGAAAAUCUCUUGGAAGAUGUCGGUGAUUUUGGCAAGUACCAGAAACGAUUGAUUAUUUUUUUCUUGAUUCCAUCGGCAGCACUUUUGCCAUGGUUUACCAUGAAUAUUUUAUUCUUGGUCUUUACUCCUGACCAUUGGUGCAAUGUACCGGAAGUCGCUGCGAGUAAUUUGCCUUUAGAAGUUCAAAGAAGCAUCAUCGCACCUCAAGACCAAUCUUCUUGUUUUAGAUAUGACUUGAAUUAUACAGAAUUUUUAAUGUUAGGAGAUUUGCAUGUACAGAAUGGGACUCCUAUUAUUCCAUGUGACAGUGGAUGGCAGUAUGAUCCCACUUAUUUCGAGGAAACUGCAGCCAGCAAGUGGAACAUGGUGUGCAAAGACGAUCACUACCCCAGUUUCGUCAUGACGCUGACUAAUGUUGGAAGCAUUUUUGGUACCCCUAUAUAUGGAACAUUAUCAGACAGAAUCGGUCGGAAGCCUGUGUUUUUCAUUGUUAUUCUAGUCACGGCCAUGACUGCCAUCUCUUCCAUCUUGAUGACCGACUUCACGGCCUUCCUUGUCCUGAGGACCAUCAACGGCAGUCUUAUGCCCUCCGUCUUCCAACUGCCCUUUAUCAUUCUUUUGGAGCUUGUGGGUCCGUCUAUGCGAACUAGACUCAAUGGUAUCUCCAAUGCCGCUUGGACAGCUGGAUUAUGCAUCAUGCCCCUCCUCGCCUAUCUGUCUAAACAUUGGGUGACAUUCGGAUUGAUCACGUCGUCGACCUCGGUACUCAUGUUCGGUUACUGGAAGUUUCUACCAGAAUCCGCAAGGUGGUUGAUUUCGCGGGAAAAGUACUCUGAAGCUGCUGUCAUAUUGAACAGAAUAGCAGAAACGAAUGGAAAGCCGAUUGAUCCUGCAGAACUCAGACUCAAAAUUAAAAAGCUAGGUGAAAGAAUAAAGAAAGAAAAAAAGAUGGAUGAAGUGAAGAAUACUGCCUCUGACCUCAUACGCUAUCCUAACUUGCGAAAGAAAUUUUUGAUUAUAACUUUCUGCUGGGUGGCGGAUAUGUUUGCCUACUACGGCCUACAAAUCAACGUUCCUAAUUUGGGUGGAAAUCCAUUCAUUAACUUCUUCAUCCUAUCUGUCGUGGAGGUUCCAGGACUUCUCUGCAGCUGGUUCUUCAUGGAGAAGUAUGGAAGAAGAUGGUCUUCUGUAUCAUUCUUAAUUCUGACCGGAUCAUCCUGUCUCUUGGUUGCCAUCGUACCAGAAGGUAUUCCUUACGUAGCUAUCGUGUGCUCUCUCAUUGGCAAAUUCGGUGCCUCUGCUGCGUUCAUGGCAGUCUACCAGCAAAGUUCUGAACUCUAUCCUACUACAGUGAGAUCCAUAGGAAUGGGUAUGAGCGGCACUUUUGCAGGAGUAGCGAACAUUAUUGUUCCCUAUGUGGUGUUCCUGGCUGUUAUUGGAAAGCAUAUACCUUUCCUUAUCAUAGGUCUCAUCAAUUUCUUAGCCGGAAUUUCUGCAAUACUCCUGCCUGAGACGCUGAAUGAAAUUCUUCCACAAACUAUUCAAGAUGCUGAGCGUUUCGGAAAGGAUCAGCAAUGUUUCUCAUGUAGCUCGAGACGGUUAUCUUCUGAUUCGUUACACGAAGAGCAGUCCCCGAAAUUGUUAAAUGACAGUUGAUAAGAAUGUGUCAUCUCCACUGAAGAAGUUCACGAAUUCUCAGCUUUUUGCAUGAAUAUCUUGUUAUUGUUUAUAAUGUUUAAACUGAAGCAUGUGUAAUUCUGUAUCUACUUAAUUUAGAUUUUGUUCAUUUUCUUUUCAGUCUCAAACGCACAUGCCUGUUUGUUUUAUUCAUUCGUGCUGCCAUCUAUCGCAUGUAUAUGUAACUUUUUAGACAUAAGGAUGAAAUAAACUGUAAUAUUUUUUUUU